AUGGAAUCAGAGAUGGUGACAAACCCUAUACACAGCUUUCAGAGGAACAGUUGCCUGCCCAGAGACGCUGUUGGCAAGGCUGCUUUGCACAUGGGGCCUGAUGUGAAUGAUUCAUCAAACCGACAAGUUUAUGCAGAUGCAAGGAGUAUAACAUUGUCUGUGCUGCGCAGGACCGUCAACGAAACCUUCAUUGUUAAAAAGCUGGCUGCGGGCAGGUUCUCAUAUCCCAAGCCCAGCGGCUUUGGUGAUUGGCAAGUACAGUUGUCUGUGUCAAACCCUGGCUUCAAGCGUAGUGGUUGGUACCUGUCGUCAACCACUGCUCUGCAGAAUUGUUCUCUGAAUCUGCCACAUGAAGUGGUAUUUUUUCGAGGGUUUGCCUUCGGAAGCUUUCAGUACGGCCAUGUUCUACAUGAUUUGUUGCCAGUGCUUGUGUGGAUGAGCACGUCGUACCCUGAGGCACAGGUCGUAUUGGAGUUGGAUAAGCAGGGCAAGAUUGACCCUUUUUUGGCUUGGUUUGAUCCAGACCUACACCGAAGAACAACAUUUGUGCAACCUGAUGUGGUUGUAUGCGCCGGAGCUCUAUUGGUGGUGGUCCCUCAGCACGGUAUCAAGUCCCCGCAUGGACUUCGCAUUCCUGCUUUGUUCAAUCAUUUGAGGGCACAUGUUCUGCGUGUACAGCCCUCUCACAAUCCAACUACAGCUGUGCACGAAGUGCGGGUACCGGCCACAGCAGGUCAUGGGCGUUUACUUACCGAAGAGCACUCCCGGCACGUCCUUCAGCUUGCCUCCAGCGCCAUACGACGUCACAGUAUUCCCAUGGAGAUCGUCGAGUUCAAUGGUACCCUGAAGGGCAAAACUGCGACCUUCCAAGAUCAGUACCGUAUCUUCAACUCAGCUGUUCUUGUCUUUGGCCCUCAUGGGACUGGUUUUUCAAACAUAUUGUGGAUGCCCUGUCACGUGCCAGUGGCAGCCAUUGAGUUUGUGUGCGGUGCCCAUUCUCUGAAUGUUCGCGGAUGUCAGCUGGGCAAUGGCAAAGUUCGCUUAGCAACAUACUGGAGUUUGGAAGGCAGUGUUUCCUGGGUCAAAUAUUUCCAUGUCCUCGUGCAAGAUACGUCCGCAGAGAUGAGUGACUUCAUGCAGGUUGAUCUGGAAGGGUUUUCGGCAGCCCUGGACGCGGCUUUAAGUCAUGUUGCGCAUUCAGCUCACGCUUGA